AUGUCUGUGAAUGGGUCGAACAGCACUUCGCUGCCUUUCACGGCACUCCCUUUACCAUCACUAAUUGAACAGGUUCAGCAGUUGCUCUUCGCCGCCGUCGCCGGUUGGUCUGCUUGGCAGUAUGUCGUGACUGUCAUUUUGGGAGUCGUCGCGUACGAUCAAUUCAUGUACAUCAAGCAAAAAGGUUCCAUCGCCGGCCCAACCUUCAAGAUUCCUCUCAUGGGACCCUUUAUCCAGGCACUGCACCCCAAGUUCGAUUCGUAUCUAGCACAGUGGGCGAGCGGCCCUCUAAGCUGCGUGUCUGUUUUCCACAAAUUCGUCGUCCUUGUCUCCGACCGCGACCUGGCGCACAAAGUAUUCAAGUCGCCUGCAUAUGCCGAACCCUGUAUUGUACCUAUCGCAAAGGAUCUCCUUGGCCACAAGGCUUGGGUGUUCUUACAAGGCAGAGCGCAUGCGGAAUAUCGUCGUGGCCUCACACCGCUGUUUACCAACAAGGCCAUUUCCACCUACCUUCCUAUGCAGGAAAAGGUUUUUGCAGACUACUUUGACAGUUUCGUCGCCGAGAGCGUUGCGAACAAUGGAAAGCCGUUUCCUUUCAUGGGCUGGUUCCGCGAGAUCAACUGCGCGCUGUCGUGCCGCACAUUUUUCGGCGACUACAUCUCCCAAGAGGCAGUAAAAAGGAUCGCAGACGACUUUUACCGUGUUACCGAAGCCAUGGAGCUCGUCAACGUACCGUUCUCCAUGUACAUCCCUUACAGCAAGCAGUGGCUGGGCAAGCGCAUCGCCGACCAGGUGCACCGCGAGUUUGCCAAGUGCGCCGCAGCUUGCAAGGCUAAGAUGUCGAUUGGUGCUACCCCUACCUGUAUUGUUGACCAAUGGGUGCUUCACAUGAUGGAAUCAGAGCAGUACCGUCAGCGCACCGCCGCUGGUGAGACGAGCCUCGAGAAGCCAAGCAACAUGAUUCGAGAGUUUACCAAUGAAGAGAUUUCCGAGACCCUCUUUACCUUCCUCUUUGCUUCGCAAGAUGCCUCGAGCAGUGCGACAACCUGGCUUUUCCAAAUCUUGGCUCAGAGACCGGAUAUCUUGGAUCGCAUCCGCGAGGAGAAUCUCGCUGCAAGGGGAGGUGACAGGAACAAGGCGUACGAUCUGCCCAUGCUGGAGUCACUCACAUACACCAACGCUGUCAUCAAGGAGCUGCUCCGUCACCGGCCUCCUGUAAUCUUUGUGCCGUAUCUGACAACCAAGAGUUUCCCCGUCACCCCAAAUUACACGGCGCCCAAGGGGUCCAUGAUCAUUCCCUCUUGCUACCCGGCGCUCCAUGAUCCCGAAGCCUACCCGGAGCCCAACAUCUUUGACCCAGACCGGUGGAUUACGGGAGACGCAGAGAGCAAGACCAAGAACUGGCUUGUUUUUGGCGCCGGACCGCACGACUGCCUUGCGAGGAGAUACGUGCCGCUGUACAUGGCGGCCAUGAUUGGAAAGGCUUCGCUGGAGCUUGAUUGGGUGCACCAUGCGACAGACAAGUCAGAGGAUAUUCGUGUAUUUGCCUGUCUGUUCCCGAUGGAUGCGUGCCCCCUUGUCUUUACGAAGCGCCCAUAA